AUGGAAAGAUUGUCCCAACUCGCCACGCAAUUGACCUCGGGGUCUACUGCUACUGCUCCUCAUCCAUUGGACCCUUUAUCACCUUCGGAAAUUAAGGCUGUAUCUGACAUCGUCAAGUCCAAGUACGCUGGCCGUACCAUCAACUUCAACACCGUAACCUUGAGAGAACCAGUCAAGAAGGUGUACUACAACUGGAAGGAACACAACGGACCUUUACCUCCACGUUUGGCCUACUUUGUUGUUGUCGAAGAUGGCGUUUCUGCUAUCCAGGAAGGUGUCGUCGACAUUGGAUCUGGAGUCCUCGUCGAAUUGAGACAAACUGAGGGUGUCCAGCCAAUCUUGACCCCCGACGACUUGCAAAAGACUGAAGAUAUUGUGAGAAGUGACCCGGAAGUCAUCAGACAGUGCGGAAUUUCUGGUAUCCCACCUUCAGAAAUGGCCAAUGUCUACUGUGAUGCCUGGACAAUUGGUUACGACGAGAGAUGGGGAGCCUCAAGAAGACUCCAACAGGCUCUUAUGUACUGGAGACUGGACGAGGAUGACUCCCAUUACUCUCACCCACUUGAUUUCUGUCCAAUUGUCGAUAUGAAUGCCAAAAAGGUGAUUUUUAUUGAUAUCCCCACCAGAAGAAGAAAGGUUUCCAAGCACAAGCACUCGUCUUUCCAUCCUAAGCACAUUCUGGAGAAGUUUGGUACCAAGGAGAACCCAAGUGGGUUCCGUGAGGAUAACACGCCUAUCAACAUCACCCAGCCCAACGGUGUCUCCUUCAACUUGCAAGGUAAUGUGAUGACUUGGUCCAACAUGCAAUUCCACAUUGGUUUCAACUACAGAGAAGGUAUCGUCUUGUCUGACAUGUCAUACAACGAUCACGGCAAGAUUAGACCUAUGUUCCACCGUAUCUCUCUUUCCGAGAUGAUUGUUCCUUACGGCUCUCCAGACUUCCCUCACCAGAGAAAGCAUGCCUUGGACAUCGGUGAAUAUGGUGCUGGUAACUGUACCAACCCAUUGACCUUGGGCUGUGAUUGUAAAGGUGUGAUUCACUACAUGGAUGCACACUUCCCUAACAAGGACGGUGAGCCAACCACCGUGAAGAACGCUAUCUGUAUCCACGAAGAAGACGACGGAUUGUUGUUCAAGCACUCGGACUUCAGAGAUGACUUCCAGACCACUGUGGUUACCAGAGGUAAGAAGCUCAUCAUCUCGCAAAUCUUCACUGCUGCUAACUACGAAUACUGUUUGUACUGGAUCUUUAGACAAGACGGUACCAUCAAGUUAGAAGUCAGAUUGACGGGUAUCUUGAACACCUAUAUCUGUGCAGAGGACGAAGAAACCGGUCCUUGGGGAACACAAGUCUACCCACAGGUGAAUGCUCACAAUCACCAGCACUUGUUCUCUUUGAGAAUUCACCCCAGAAUCGACGGGGACAACAACUCCGCUGCCACUAGUGAUGCUAAACCAUCUCCUUAUCCAUUCGGAUCCAAAGAAAACAUGUACGGAAAUGCCUUCUACGCUCACAAGACCACGUUUAAGACGGUUAAAGACUCUUUAACUGACUCUGAUGCAUCCACCUCUAGAACUUGGGAUAUGUUCAACCCCAAUUCUAUCAACGCAUACUCUGGAAAACCAGCUUCGUACAAGUUGGUUUCCACCUUCUGUUCACCUGUAUUGGCUCAAGAGGGUUCUUUGGUUCGUAAGAGAGCACCAUGGGCUUGUCAUACUACCGAGGUCGUUCCUUAUGUUGACGAGGACCACGGCUAUGGUAGAUUGUACCCUUCCGGUGAUCACGUAGCCCAAUGGUCCGGUGAUGGUGCUAGAGGUAUGAGAAAGUGGAUUGGUGAUGGAUCUGACAACGUUGAAAAUACAGACAUCGUCUUCUUCCACACCUUCGGUAUCACCCACUUCCCAGCACCAGAAGACUUCCCAGUGAUGCCUACGGAAAUCUUCGAUUUGAUGUUGAGACCUAGACAUUUCUUCACCGAAAACCCAGUUCUUGACGUCAAGCCAUCAUAUGCUAAGACUACCAAGGAAGUCAAAGCUGGUGCCGUGGGCCAUGACACUUGUUCAUUGAAUAUCGACAAGACCUCCAGAUUGGCUUUCAACACCACUGCUUCUGAAGCCGCUUCCUCGUGUUGCUCCAAGAAAUAA